AUGUUUGUCAUGUGCUCAGCUUUAAAGUUUCUAGAGAAAACCAGGCAUAAGCGGGCGUCAGUCAACACGCAAAAACCCGUUUCAAAGAGAAAGAAAUCUACGGGGGCAUCGGCGACGAAUGCCGAACCUGUUGAACAAAUCGACUAUGAUUUAUUAGCUGCCGCCAUCCUAAGACAAACACAGAACUCGAGCAACAGCUCUAUGACUCAGGGUAGCAGCUACAGUGUGGAUCAUACUAAUUUAUCCGUGUGUGACAUAAACAAUACCAAUGUUGACGAUCAGGAAGUGUCUCCAUUGGAUGUUGCCACUCAACAAAGAGUAAAUAACACUGCAACUAAGAAUCCUGCAUGCCUGUCCCCACCAACAGAGUCACAACAAUCUUCAGAUUCAACAGCAUCUGUGGCUAAAUUGGUUAAUGCGUUAUUGAAUCAAGACGCAGGUGAGCCAGCAACAGCACAAGUUAAAAAUGUAAUUUCUUUGUCCGAUGGGUUUCCUCUCGGUGCUGCAACAUCCCAACGCUUAAAAGCUAAGGUCUGGGCAAAUCAAUUUAUAGAUUUAAGUUUGUUGUUGCAGCGUCGAGAGGAACCUAUAUCCUUGAGUAUCACAACCGGGUCUGUGACAGUACAGCAGGGACAAUCAAAACCAAAGGCGCACGGGUAUCUUAAGGCAGGUUAUGAAAUUUUACUGGGAUAA